GUGAAAAGCAGACCUAUGAAAAUAAAAUACUUUACCAUACGGAUGAUUAUGUUAAUGAUUAUAAUCCUCACGUUGAUCCAAGUGUUCUUAAUGAACAUUCUACUGCAGCAUUCAGAUAUUUCCAUUCUCUUAUUGCUGGAUAUCUCAAAUUAAUAAACGAAGCAAGACAUUCAGUUGCACAACCAUUAAGAUUAAGUGAUUGGACUAAUAAACCUGAAGUUAUUGAACAUGGUGAUAAUAUGGAUAGUCUUACAAGAGGUUUGUCGUGUCAACACGAAUUAGCCAGUGAUCAAUUUUUCGACGCAGAAACAACGUUAUACUUGUUUAAACGUCAAGAACAAUUUGGCAUAGAUUUACGUGCCACGGAUAUACAAAGAAAUCGUGAUCAUGGUUUAGCAUCGUAUAAUGAUUUUCGUGAAUAUUGUCAUUUGAAAAAAGCUGUACAUUGGAAUGAUUUCAGCGAUUACAUAUCACCAGAAAAUAUUAAAAAAUUAGCGAGUCUCUAUUCCUAUCCUGAUGACGUAGAUUUAACUGUUGGUGGUUCUUUGGAAGAACACGUGCCAGGUACUCUUACUGGUCCAACCUUCCUUUGCAUUCUUCUUAGACAAUUUUAUCGAACUAGAGUUGGUGAUCGAUUCUGGUACGAAACUGGUGAUCAUGAACUAGCAUUUACCAGAGAACAAUUGAGAGAAAUACGAAAAUCGACAAUAUCCAAAUUAUUCUGUGACAAUGGUGAUAAUAUUAAAUUAAUGCAACCCAAAGGUUUCGAACUUAUUUCCGAAUCAAAUCCACUGGUUGAUUGCAAAGAUCUACCUGACAUGGAUUUAUCAUUAUGGAAAGAUUAUGCUCCAGAAAUUAAGAAGUCUAAGUAUAAUCCUAUUUUUGUGUAUUAUAAAAAAUGAAUUUAAAUAAUUGAACAAUUUAUCUUAAGUAAAAUCAUUAUCACCAAAUAACCAAUUUUUCUUUAUUGGUUAUUCAAGUGAUAUUGU